CUGAACGGUUACCGCAGCGGCCAGAAGCAGGCCAGCGCUUUCGUCCACACCGCCGUCAACGACUCCUGGCCCUGGAGCAAGAAGGUCGACUGGAGGUCCCCGGGUGCCGUCACCCCAGUUAAGGACCAGGGCCAGUGCGGCUCCUGCUGGUCCUUUUCCGCUACCGGCUCCCUCGAGGGUCAGCUCUUUAAGAAGACUGGUCAGCUGGUCUCUCUCAGUGAGCAGAACCUGGUCGACUGCUCCCGGGACUUCGGUAACGAGGGUUGCAACGGUGGUAUGAUGGUAGCCGCUUUCCAGUACAUUCAGAAGAAUCACGGUAUCGACACCGAGGAGAGCUACCCCUACACCGGUGAGGACGGUGACUCCUGCCUGUACAAGGCUGAGAACAACGGUGGUGUCAACACCGGUUACAAGGACGUCCAGUCCAAAAGCGAGAGCGCCCUCCGUGACGCCGUCGAGAAGGUUGGCCCCGUGUCUGUCGCCAUCGACGCCAGCAACUGGAGCUUCCAGAUGUACUCCAGCGGUAUCUACUACGAGUCUGCCUGCUCCUCCGACUCCCUGGACCACGGUGUGCUUGCCGUAGGCUACGGCACCGACUGGCCCAACAAGCAGUACUGGAUCGUCAAGAACUCAUGGGGCACCUCCUGGGGUGAGGAAGGUUACAUCAGGAUGGCCCGGAACAAGAAGAACAACUGUGGUAUCGCCACCGAGGCCAGCUACCCCCUUGUCUAAGUUUGCAGUGCACCCGUACUGACGACUGUACUCAGUAAACGACAAUAAAUUACAUGCACCACUGAA